GUUAUAUUUCAAUAGAAAUGAGUACAUUUCAAUAAUGAUAUCACUUCAUAACUAUAUGAUAAUUUCAGUAAACGUAUUUUUGACAUGUCUGUAAAUACAUACAACGAGUAAUCAUUUAAUAUGUCAUAUUCCGCUUCGUCUACUAGGAAUCCCCCAAAUCAAAUUUCAAGGGUUUCGAUUCUCCGGCAACGAUGACGUCGAAACGAGCUUUGACAGAGGAGGAAUCUGGCUAUUCUUCCGAGAAGAAACCCAGAGUGGAAGGUGAAGACGACACAGGCAUGGGAGACGAAAGCGAAAGCGAUAGCGAAAGCGCAAGCGACGAAUGGGAAGUCGACGAAGAAGUCUUUGCCAAAGGACGCGUCGAACCCGGAAGUGUGUUAGACCGGGAAGAAACGGAACCGGAGUGGGAUGUGGACAGCUACGGUGAAUACGUAUCCGAUCCUGAGGUCCGUGCACUCUUCAGCUCCGAUGAGGAAUACAAGAAAUUCCGCGAUCGUAAGAUCGAGGUAGUGAAGAAUAAGGGUUUUUUACCAGAUCCGAUAAAGUGGAUCUUCGCCCUUCCAAAUCUGGAAGAACCUUGGGGAAACCAGACUACGAGGGAAGUCUUGAAGGAUAUUGCAUCCUUGUGUGUUAAGAAAUACAACGAGGAGAAGGGGAAGAGUGUGGAAGUCGUAAGUGUUGUGAGAGCCAAUGAAAGAUCAGGAGGCAGGACAAAGCUUUACAUCACGUUUAUGGCUCGGGAGUAUCCGAAUGGGCCUCUCCUCGAGUAUCAAGCCAAGGCUAUGAUUUUCGCUGGAGGAGCAAAACCUCCCUUCCCUAUUCUCUGCAGGCCUGCCCCAAACCACUCUUCACCUUAAGACUUACUUAGGUAUACCCAUGUUUCAUGUUUGUUUUAUUUGAUUGCUUGAAAAGCUUCAACUCUAUCUGGAAUACGACGUAGAAGUAACGAUUAUGUUUCCUUUCUUUUGUUAUGUAUAUUCUAGCUUGUGAAAUCAGCUAGAAUGUUAAUUGACAUCAAACCGAA